GACCAAUAAGCACCACUGAAUCACAGUGUCAUCUUUAUGGCGCACUAAUGCUAACUUACACGUUUAUUUAAGAAUGCUUUUAUUAUUAUUUCAUAAUGUAAAUAGUUGAAGAAUAAGAAUAGCGGAUAUUUUACAUAAAUCAUUAGUACCCAAGUCAGCAAGCUGUCUGCUAACAUUUCUAAAGCGCAGCCUUUGUUACUCAGUUUUUAAAUCAAAACAAUGACUUCAGCCUCUACCAAGGUUGGUGAGAUCUUUUCUGCAGCUGGAGCUGCAUUCACAAAAUUGGGAGAGCUGACCAUGAAGCUGCAUCCAGUGGCAGAUAUUAGUCCAGCAGGGGCACAAAUGAAAGCAACAGUCAAGAGGAAGAUUUAUGAAGAUAGUGGAGCUCCUUUACCCACAGAUUCACCAAAGAAGAGUAGCAAAAAGGUGGCAGUUUCUAUGGCUCCCCCAGCCCCACCUAAAGUCAUCGCUGUGCCAACCUCUCAGGUUGUGGUGACUGCGGGUUUACAGCGGCCAACCACAGGUCCAUCUAACAUUAAGUCAUCAAAGACAGCAGAUGUCACUCUCAGUGCACUGAAUGACUCUGAUGCCAACAGCGAUCUGGUAGAUAUCGAGGGCUUGGGUGAUAGUUCCACAUCUAAAAAGCUCAAUUUUGAUCAAGCAGAUAGUCUAAAUCUCGACUCCAGUCUCAUCAUGAAUUCCAGUGACUUGCCAUUGUUAUCCCACUGAAAUCUUCUGCAACAUACAAUCAGGAAAAGGAACUAAUCAUGUCACUUCAGUGCGGGGUUCAAGAAACUUGCGUUCAAGAAAGUUCUCUUUUUUCCAGGAAAGACUAAUUUCUAAGUUAAUAGUGAAGCUGGGCAUAUUUUACCAAUGAAGGACACAGUUUUAAGAGGCUGGCAAAUUUUGCUUAAUAAAUAUUUCUGUUCUAGGUCCAAAAUGUAUCAUUUUAAAAUAAGUUACUGUAAAGACAUUAUUGUGUAAUUUUUUUUAACCAUUAUCAAUAAAAUAUCAUGACUAUU